ACCUGUCAAUACUCACUUCCAAUCUUGCUCGCACGAUCUGAACUCUGAAGUUCUCUUUUACCUCCUCCCUUGACCGCUCCCUUCGGAAUCGUUCAACAGAAAGUGGUACAAAGUGAUGUUUUACCAAUCCAGUGGCCGGAACCAGAGACCCAAAGGGUUUAAGGUUAAGCAGACAUUUCAGGUCAUUUUACUUUUAGCAGUUUCUCUCUGGUUACUCUACCAGUUAACACACACACACAAUAAACCGAAGGAAUAUGGUGGUGAGCAGAAGAAGGUCAGCAGUGAGCAUGGAAGCAUGGUUUUGGGACGUAAAGGGGAUGCAGGAUCUAGUGAAGGGGUUGACACAGACUCUGGUGAAGUGAAUCCUGUAGGAGAAGGUGAAAGAAAAGAAGAUGGAGGUGGUGGAGAUGAUGAGUUAGAUAGGAAUCUUGAAGAGAAGGUCCAAGAAGAGUCCUUCGUCAAUGGGCAUGAAGAUUUGCAAGAGAAAAUUACCAACGAUGAGAAAGUCAAUGUGAAGGAACUAGGAACUCAAGAUAGGGAAUCGCUUAGAAGUGAGGAUAAUAAUCUAGCUACUCAGGUAAGAGAUGGGGAUGAAGCAGUGAGUUCAGAUAAUGGGAAAGAACCCCUGAACAAGGGACAUGAAGAUUCAAAGGAAGGUUUCAUAAACAAUGUAGAACAAGAGGACAGAGAAAAGCUAGAACGGCAAAAUGAGGAAUCAAAGAACGGUGAGAAAGGUAAUCCUGAUACUGAAGUAAUAGACAGAGAUGAAGCUGUGGGUUCAGAUAAGGGGGCAGAAGAACAACUGAACAAGGGGCAUGAAGAUUCAAAAGAAAGCUUCACAGGCCAUGUAGAGCAAGAGGACAGAGAAAAGCUAGAAAGACAAAAUGAGGAACCAGAGAACAGUGAGAAAGAAAAUCCUGAUACUGCGGUAAUAGAAAGAGCUGAAGCAGUGGGUUCAGCUAAGAAUAAUGAUGAAGGUAAGGACUUUAAAGGAAAUGCAGAGGAUAUUGCUCUGCAACAUAGUGAAAUUGAGAACAUUACUGUUCCUGGUCAAAGCGAGAUGGGAGAUGGGCUCCAAGGCUUUCAUGAUGAAAAUGGGAUUCCACAAGAUGGCCAUGAUCUUCUAAACACCCAUGGUAAUGGAACUACAAGUGAUGAACAGGCAAAGGCUACAAAUCGGGAUCAUGAAACCAUUUCAAGUUUGGAGAAUCAGACCCAACUUGAGGAAAUCACAAUCAAGACAGCUGAUGAAUCUUCCAAUUCAUCUCAAGCUGAUGAGCAGACUGACAGAGGGAUGUCAACUGACAACUUGGUUACCAAACAAGGCGAAGUUAAAUCUCAAGAAAGCAGCACUUUUGCUGAGGUGGAAACUGUAAGUAACAAGACACUUGAAGGUAGCAAAACCGAGUCUAAUGUUAAUGUCAAAAACAGUUCUCAAUCUGGUGAUAACUCUGAUGUAUCAAGCAUCAAGGGGUCAUCAGAAAGCACUCAGGAUGCUAGCAUUAGUUCAGAAAGUCCUAGUUUUUCUCAACCAGAAAAUGAAGUAGCUACAAUUAUAAAGACUCUUCCACAAGCUGAAAAUGCAGCGGACAGAAAGGAAUAAUGUCAAAUUCAAAAGGAUAAAU